AGAAACAUGAUAUUGUUAUCAAUAUGUGUGGAAGAGUUCAGGAGAGGGGUACAACCAUUUGUAAGACCUGUUGUAGGCUCUGUCAUGGUUUGGGGCUGCCUUUCAACCAGUGUUGUUUAAGAUCUUUUCUAAAUUUAAGGAAUUAUGAUCACAAAAAAUACGGGCAACACCUUCAUUUUUCAGCCUGACAACGGUGCAGUGCAGUAAAGGCAUGCCUUUUUAUAGAAAUGCACACUUUGGAACAUUAACAAUCAUGGAUUGGUCUCCCCAGACCAUGGCCCUCAACAUUAUUGAAGCACUGUGAGAUCAUCUUGGCUGAACUUCUGUUUUUGAACAGAACUUCUGUUCUGUUCAAAAAGCAGCCAUCAUCCAAAGAAGAGUUUUUAACUGACCUCUAAUUAGCCUGGAAUACUAUUCCUGAGGACUGCUUAAAUAAAUGAUAAGAAAGCUUAAGAAGGUUCAGGGUGUGCUGAUGAAUAAAGGUGUUCAUUCCAAAUUUUGACUUUCAUACUCAUUAGAAUUGUACAAACUGUUUUUUUGGGGUUUUUUUUUUUUUUUUUUUGCAGAUGUUUCAAUAAGUCGCUUCACCUAUUUCCCAUUCACUAGCAAAAUAUAAAUAACCGAGGGGUGACUCACGACUUUUGCACAGUACUGCAAUGCAAGCAAAUAUCAGAUGAUAUUUGGUGAUUCAGAAGAUAUUAUGAGGCUGUUCUUAAUUUUAAAUUUAAAAAAAAAAGGUGUAGUACAGUUUUUAAAGCAAAAAACGUAACUAUAUUACGCUGACCAAAUCCCCAAAAGCAUGUUUUAAAAACAGAAUUUCAUACUUGGAUGUAAACGACACAUAAAUAGAAGUAGAUCUAAAAGUCUGCAUUAAAUUUUAAGCGAAGUUUUUAUGUUGACACUUCUAUCACAGCUUCCUUAGUGAAAACUUCUAAGGCAGUAGAAUUUGUGGCACUUGAUCACCAGUGUUACAUCUCGGAGCUGUUGGUGAAUGCUUUGGCCCAGCUUCUCGGAGCCCCUCUCCAGCCACUUAUUGUGUGUGAUCUAUAGGCAGCUAGAGGUCUGUGGUACUUUAUUGGGAUCUUUUUUUCUCUUCCUAUCUUUCCCAUUUGGUCUUUGCUAUUUUCUCUAACACUGUUUUUUGCAUUGCAUGUGUUAACUUGAUAGCAUUCAGUACUAUUUCCGCUCAACACUCUGUCUUAAUCACAACUACAACCUUUUCUCCCAGACUCAUUUCCCCCACGUCUCUUGACCCUCCUAGUCCCUCAAUCCUACCAUCCUCCUUCCUUCCCUGACCUGACCCAGUACCAGAGCGAUAUGCAGUGGGCAGCCUCAGAGCCACAGAAACCACACAGAUGUGCAAUCCAAGAAACAUGAGUAUUCAGGCCACAGGGAGAUUUAUUUCUUUAUUAUGUAUUUCUAGGCUUCUUGUAGACAUUAUGAUUGUCUCAAAGUUACCAAGGUUCUAAGAGGAACAUUUGGGUGACAGUGUAUCAGCUGUUACUGAAGUAUGUAGGGUCUUGCAUUACAGCCAGACAGUAUCUGACACAGCUGUUUGUCCUUGUUUGACGUCUGUCACAUAAAAGGUAGGAAGAACAACAGCACAAGCAAAAGGUCAAACACAACUGACCCACAUUUUCACAACACCACAGGCUCUAAAUUUACCACAGUUACCAAAGGGGUCAUAAUUGAGACUAUCACAAAUGAUUUAAGUAGCUAUUGGACAUCAACACACUCUCACACACAAAAAGAACAGGAACACUUAUCUGUUUGGAGGUGUUUAUUUCUUAACUACACUGCUAAAUUCCCUCACCUUGAAUUGUGGCUUCAGAAUUAUGAGGUAAGUACGUGUUUUUAGUUAUUUUAUUUUAAAUAAAUGAAAUAAAAUUGACCCCCCCCCCUUUCUCCCUAAAUUAGUAAGUGAAAUCUUUAAAAUCUGCCACAUCUACACAUACAAAUAGGCUUAUUAUUUUAUUUUUUUGCCUUUUCAUGCUCUUAGAUGGUUGUUUUCAUUUAGUCAUACGUAGAGUAACUGACAACUACAGAGCUUCACUUUCAAGGCAAUUGCUAAAAUGAACGAGGAGCUGCAGAAAGCAAUCUUGUCUACCACCACUGAAAAUACGUGGUUUUUGUUAGCUUCGGUCCAUACGUUUAUGAGUAUGCCUGUCCAGUGUUGGCAUGUCUUUGUUAAUCUGAGCUAAAGCAAUUUCUCACACCCUGACAGGGACACACACAUACUGUCUCAUUAAAAUGGCUGCAUAGGCUCUCACUAAAAGUAAAUACUCUGAGGUCUCUAAAUGGGGUCCCCUGCAUAUCACUUUCCUUUUUACAUAUAUGUUGCCAUGCACUGUGCCAUUGAAAGCACAUUGCACACUCUUGAACACCUCCUCUUGUAGAGGUCUUUGUUUGGAUAACAUUUUCUAUUUUUUUUUCUUUCUCUUAUAUUAACAGUCAGUUGGUGGAUUUAUUGAAAUGCCUACCUUUUCUGUUUGUAUACAGUAUUAUGUUUGUUUUAAAGCAGAGAGAGAUUUGUAUUUUUAAGAACUAGAGAAGCUAGCAGAAUUGCAGUUGAAAGCGUUUGGCCGGUUUCUUACGUUGUGUCACGUGUGACUGUUUUUUUGACAGCCCAGUAUUUUAAAGCCAGGUUCGUAUGGAAAUGCCUUCACUCCACUUGCACUGCUGUUGGACUCGCCGUCGUUGCUUUCAUCUGUCUGUCUGUCUAUUCUUUUGGUGCACUCGUCUGUUCAACACCCAGUCUGCUCCUCAUCUCCGCCCUCUAACUUUUGCUGAACACAUUUUGAACGCAUCGUUUUCUUACUGUCAGCAGUUGGAACUGUUGCCUCAUCCAACAUGCCCUUGCUGGGUUUUUUUUAUUUGUUUGUUUAGUUGUUUUUUGUUUUGUUUUGUUUUUUUGGGGGGGGGGGGGUUCCUAGUAUAAUUACUUGAUUUAAACUCAAAAGAUUGAUUUGUGAAAGGGAGCAUAUACAUUUAUGGCACUUGAGUCUGAGUCUUUUUUUCCCCUAACAACCACAUUUUGUGCUGGAAAAAUAAAUCAGCUAACAUCAAUUGCGCAGGGGAUGAGGGAGUGCCUUUCUCAGCAGUUAGUUCAGGGUGGAUUUUAUUUUCUCAAAUCCUUCUUCAUAGGUCAGCUAAUUCCCCUCAUCAAUAAAUGCUUUUCUGUGUAGAGUCUUGUCAGACUCCAAUAUUGCAGUUAAGGACAGAAGCAGGUCCUGUGUCAAGAACAGGAGUGGCUUUCACUGCAGCAAAUUCUGCAGUGUUUUCCCCUAACAAUAAAUUCAGAGCACAUUUUGUCUAUUAGGCAUGAAGAAAUGAUCCUUAGUGGCCAUAAAGCCUCUAAUUCAUAUAAGUCCUUGCCCAACUGCUAGGCAGCAACAAGUAAUAAACAGUGAUUUGCAAGACUUUUUAAUUUAGCCUUCAGUGUCCUGAUUUAGGAGUUGAUUCAGGCAGUCUGUCUCCAGUUGCCUUCCUGCCAUGUUAGUCCCAGCGCAUAUUUCCCUCUUAUCUCAUUCUACAGCGGAAAGGAUCUGACAUUUGCACAGUAAAGGAGUUAAAAAAAAAAAAAAACCCCAAAAAAACCAACCCAUCAAACUGUAACAGAAACAAGACGUGAAGAAUUUGAGUCUUUCUUGAGCAUUUGCUGCAAACAUCAGCCAGAUGAUUUGGAUAUGUUAUUCUUGUCACCAAAAUGCAAAGUAUUUUUAAGUUUCCUGAGUAUGUCAUAUUGUACAAGUAUGUCACUUGUAAAAUAGGGCAAAGGAAGGCAACAGUUUGCUUUGAAAAACCACCUUAAAAAAGGGCUACAGCCAGAUGUAUCUCAAUUAAAGUCUCGUGGGCGGAGAUGCAGUAUGCACACUGCGUGUGUGAGUACCACUCCCCUUCACAUGCACUAACUCAUACAAGCCCAGUUCACUUUCACCACCCUAGAAACUCACCCUCAUCAUGGCUCAGCCUGCUCUGUUCUGCUCCCAACCUCCUGUUUUUACCAAAGAGAACUAAUUGAGCCCCGUUGAGCCAUCACUUUCCUCUCUGUGCCUGAACCACCUGAGACUAACACAGUUGGAGUUUUGUUAACCCGCCCACACCCCUCAGCCCGCCCCACUCCUCUGUAUGUGUACCAUUCACAGUGCGCUACUAACACCGACGAUCCUUUUUGUUAAAACUCUUUAACAAAAAGCUGCAUGCAGUUUUUUUUUCUGUUUAAACCCCUUCACUUUCUGUUUGUGAAAGUUGAUGUCAAUCUCUUUGUGAUUAUAAAUAUCCUUUUUGUUUGGUUUGUAUGUUUUUUGGUAGAAUGCAGCACUCUGGUGAAUGUUAGACAAGCUUGGAAUAGUUAUAAUCACAACAGCAAAACACUGCUUAUUAAGAAAUCUCAUCGUUACCUGUUUAUUUGUGCUUGAGGAUGUACUGUAGUGUGUAGUGGUGGGACGGUCUUGCAUUUCACUUAAUGUUUUUGUUUUCUUGCUGACCCAUACUAGUGAUAUAACGGUCUCCGACAUGCACAUUUGGGCCCCACAGUGUGCUAAGAGUUCCUGUUGUGUAUGUUUUUGCACUCCUCUUGCCUCUUUGGUUCAUUAUCAGUUGCUUGAUCUUGUGAUGCAUUUGUCAUAGAAAUCAUUAGUAUUAAAAGAAAAGCCUUGCACGCACGUUCAGAGGCCUCAAGUAGUUUGAAGGUAUGUUUUCUCAUUUCUGAAUACUAAUGGUAUCUAUGAAAAUAUCAAAUUAUAAGUGUUGAAAUUGGUGGGAUGUGACGAUUGAUAACAGACCAGAGCCGCUAAGGAUGUCCAAAAACAAGCACAACAGCUAUUUUUCGUAUAUCUGGUGGGGCUACAUGCACACAAUGUGUUCCUCUCUUCACCUGCACACCCGCAUAUCCCCUCACACAUGCAUAAUCUAUCCACCCUGGGCCUUGUAAUGGUAAUCCAAGGCCCACUAGUUCCACUUCUGUCUCUUCCUGUUGCUAUAAUUUUUUGUGACAGCUGCAUAUGUUUCAUGGUGCUCUCCUCGUCAUGGUUACAGAAUCACAGCAAGCUUGGAGUUUCUGGUCUUUGUUUUGUUUAUGCUAGAUUUCCAUACCUGUUCUGUGUUACUUUUCUUUGUGUACUGAGAUCUUGCUCUGUAGUGGUUCAUAUAUGUAUGCGUGUGAUACAUAUAUUGCCCUCUCCUUCCUCCUUCCUACUCCUCCUCCUCUUAACUUCUCAGUUAGUGGAUGUGACUUCAUGUGUUACCUUUAUCAAUGGAAAAAUAUAGAAAUAAUCACGCCCAGUUUCUUUGCCUAAUAAAGGUUUUUAAAAUGCACUCCUACUUCAGGAGGAUAUCUUGUAGUUUACAGAUUACAUAUAGCCUCAUGUAUUGUUCAUAGUUGAAUUCAACCCUUCCUCUCAGUCUCCCACUUUUUAUUCCCCCACACCCAGCCUCCCUUACCACUCUUUGUGCUGGAAGACACUGAUUAUUACACGCUGUAGGUGAUGACGAUAAUGACGAUGGUGUUGGUGGUGGUGGUUGUGCUGAUGAUGGUAGCGUGAUCUGAGUGUUAUUUAUUUAUUUUUUCUUUGUUAGUGUUUUUUUUAUUUUAAUUUUGUUUUUAUUUUAUUUUUCACCCGUGCUACGGGUAAAGCUCCUCUUAUUAUUGGAAUAUUUUUGGUUUUUUUCUUCUCUUCUCUCUCUGCUAGGAUAACAUCGGGCACCGGCUGCUUCAGAAACAUGGCUGGAAGUUGGGCCAAGGCCUUGGCAAAACCAUGCAGGCGAUUUGAUCCUGCCCAUGUUGUGCUGAUGGUAAACUUAGUGGACGCACUGACCCUGUGCCCAUCAUCCUUAAGUAUGAUGUCAUGGGGAUGGGACGAAUGGAGAUGGAGCUGGAUUAUGCCGAGGAUGCCACAGAGAAGAGGAGAGUCCUCGAAGUGGAAAAGGAAGAUACAGAAGAACUGCGACAAAAAUACAAGGACCAGAUGGAAAAAGAAAAAGCCAUCGCAAAAGCUCUGGAAGACCUGAGAGCCAAUUUCUACUGUGAGCUGUGUGACAAACAGUACACCAAACACCAGGAAUUUGACAACCACAUUAACUCUUAUGACCACGCUCACAAGCAGAGGCUUAAAGAGCUGAAGCAGAGAGAGUUUGCUCGUAAUGUGUCAUCACGUUCCCGGAAAGAUGGAAAAAAGCAAGAAAAGAUGCUGCGGCGAUUGCAUGAGCUUGCUGAGCAGAGAAAACAGCAAGACCGAACUCCUGGAAGUGGACCUAUGUUCAAAACAACUACAGUCGCUGUUGAUGGAGAGAAAGGAGAAGACAGCAACAGCAUGACACCCGAGAACAGUAUGACACAGUCUUUGGCAGACACUGCCCUGGAAGGAUCACUGUCAGAUAAAACUGGUCAAGCCUCCCCAAAGUCUGGUCCAACCUUUAGCUUCUCUCUGGGAAAGAAUCCCUCAUCCUCGCCAACUUCCAGCAACGCAUCAAAAGUCAGUGUAUCAUUCUCUUUUGCCAAGAAAGCACCAGUAAAACUGGAGACAGCAGCUGCUGUUUUUGCUGAUCAUGGUGAGGAAGCUAUGGAGACAGAGGAGAGUCAAGAGGGAGAAAAGGCUGGAGGACAAGAUGACACAUCAGGCUGUGGCACAGACAGCCCUAAGGGACUGUCUGGAGGAGGUGAAGGAGGAGAAGGAGGUGAUGCAGCAGGUACAGAAGAGGUGCAGCAGCCUGAUGAUGGAGGAUCUUUAGCAUCAACGCUUAGCAAAUUGAAAAUGAUGAUGAAAACCAAUGAAGGAUAUGUUGGACAAGAGCCUCAGUACUACCACUAUGUACCACCAGCUCACUGUCGAGUAAAGCCACACUUCCAGUUUUUGCUGUUCAUGAAAGCCUCUGAACAGUGUCAGAGCAAAGAUGAAGACGAUGAGGAAGAGACACAAGAGGAGAACAAGGCUGAAGAAAGUCCAGAACAGACAGAGAGCGGUGUGACAGAGUGCAAAACUGAAAAGGAACAUGGCAAUGUUACUGUAGAUGCUGACCCAGACCUAGUUCCUCUAUCAGCUAACGUAAAGGCAGAAGAGGAGACCCCUUCAUGUGCAGAAGAUGCAGCUCCUGCUGUACCAGCUUCACCCACCCAGAAAGCAGAGACGCGUGAUACUGUGGAUACAAACGCUGGUCCGAAAAUGCCCACUGGUCCCUUCUUUCCAGUCCUGAGCAAAGAUGAGACUACAACCCUGCAGUGGCCAUCAGAGCUCCUUGAAUUUACAAAAGCUCAACCUUCCCUGUCUUACAGCUGCAAUCCCCUCUACUUUGACUUCAAACUGUCCCGUAACAAAGGAGUGCGUGGUGGGAAAGUGGCAAAGUCCCCCAAGCCUGGUGAAGACACUGAUGACAAGGGACAAGAAGUGAAUGCUUCACCAUCUGAAGUAGAAAUGGCUACUAAACCUGGAACUAGUGCUGACAAAGACAAGCUAUUGUCAAAAGGAGAGUCUGGGCAGCCAGAAAGUGAAGAACAAAAGCCCACAAGUGGAAGUAAUAGUGCAAAGAAAAAAAAGAAAAAGAAGAAGCAUAAGAAGUCUGCAAAGCAUUCAAAACGCAAAGGAAAAGAAAAAGGAGCCGGAGAAGAUGCAGAAGGUGAGACUGAGGUAACACAAGAAAAGCCCAAAAAAAAGAAAAAACACAAACGUAAGAAGAGCAAAAACAAGGCUCAAGAUCAAGCUGAGGCAACAGGUGAAGAAAAGGAAAAACCUAAACCAAAGUCGGAAGAUAAAGCUGCUACCUCCUCUGUACAGCUGACAACUGGAGGGGAAGGAGCUACAGGAGCAGAACUGGGGAAGAGGAAACGUGGUGCUAAGGAAGUGCCUUGCAAAUCUGGAGCAGAAGGAGGGAAUGGAAAAAGUACUGACAAGGCCAACUCAUCUGAAGAGCACAGUGGCAACAAAAGACAAAAGACUGACACCAGUGCAUCUCAAAGUGCCUCGUGCUCCACCUCAGCCCAAAAGAGUCCUGGCUCUGGUAGACCUCCGAGCAGUGAAAGUGAAGAAGGGGGCUCUAAUACCCAGCGCUCACGUCAUCACAGGUCAAGCCCGAGGGAACAGCGCCGCCACCAUAGUGAAGAAUCAGGGCGAUCCUGCAGCCGUUCAUCGAGACGGGGGGAACGACGAGGUAGCAGUCGCCGACGUCAUCGUGGCCAAACCUCUCGUAGUCGCUCUUAUUCCAGCAGCUCUGAGCGCUCCUCAGCAGGCAGCAGUGCCUACAGCCACCGUAGCCGAAGCUACUCAGACAGCUACAGCGACUAUAGUACAGAAGGUCGCAGACGUAGGCGCUCCAAACGUUCAUCCGACUCAGAGUAUGACCGCAGGAGUAGCCGAGGACGUAGACGAUCCAGGAGGCAUCAGUACACAUCUUCCUCUUCAGAAGACUCACGCUCACGUUCACGCAGCUACAGCCGCAGGAAGAGGCACAGACGGCAUCAUCGGAGCAGCUCCAGAAGCUCCAGCAGCUGGAGUCGCAGCACUAGUGCAAGAUCCUGGAGGCGGAGCUACAGUCGUAGCUACAGCUCUGCUAGCCGCUCCUCCAGUUCAAAUAAAGGGUCUCCUCACAGGCGAAGCACUAGGGGUCGAGAGGAUAGUGACACCCAUCGCAGAGACUUCAACCGCUCACGCAUCUACCGCUCCCAGUCUCCACGGUCUUCUUCUUCACGAGGCCUUAACCGUAACACCCAUUCAUCCAGCUCGCUGGGUCUGAGACCAGGGGGGUCUCGAGAUGCAGGAGAACAGAAAAACACUCUAACUGCACGACAGCUGUUGGAGAAGGUUCAGUCCAAGAAAAGCUCUGAAGAUUCUACCACAGGAACAAAAUCUGGGAUUAAGAUUAAAGACCCACCGCAGGGCUAUUUUGGCCCAAAACUACCCCCAUCCCUUGGAAACAAAGCCAUGCUUCCACUAAUUGGUAAGCUGCAGGCAGGGAAAAAGCCAGCAAUUCCUUUAAUCAGACCUGAAGAGGGAGAGAAAUCAGGGACGGGGAAGAGCUCUGAACCUGAAGGAGAGGUUAUAUUAGUAGAGCCUAUAAGGGAGUUCCCACCCCCACCACCACCUCCAGCUCCACCAGUUCAGAAGGUUGAGGAAGCCCCACAGAGCACAGUGACUCAAGAAGAGACACAGCAGCCUGCAACAGAAGACCAGGGGCACCAAGAAACCCGGCCAGUAUUUGAACAAGAGCCCUCCAUGAUGAUGCCCCAGUACCAAGGAGAGUCAGGACAAGACCUUUCCCAGAACCCAAUGAUGGAGUCCAUGAUGCCUGAAAUGCAGCAGCAGCAGGCUGCCAUGCAUGCCUACCCUGGUUACCCACCACCCAGCUUGGAGGAGGAUGGCAUGGAGGCAGAGGAGGAUGGACUGGCUCCUUUGGAAAGUCAACCAAUUACAUUCACACCAGAGGAGAUGGAGAAAUACAGCAAGCUGCAACAGGCUGCACAACAGCAUAUUCAGCAGCAGCUUUUAGCCAAGCAGGUCAAGACUUUUCCCUCAGCUGCUGCAGCAGCCGCUGCCGCAGCAGCUGCCACUUUGGCCCCAGCGCCCCCUCCACCAGCCCUGCAGCAGAUCCAUAUUCAGCAGCCAACUGUGUCCGUAGCUUCUGGCACAUCCAUCACCACAGUGCAACACGCCAUCCUUCAGCACCAUGCAGCCACUGCUGCAGCAAUGGGCAUCCACCCAGCUCAUCCCCACCACCCACAUCCGGCACAUGCCCAGCUGGCCCAGGUACAUCACAUUCCCCAGCAUCACCUUACCCCCAUCUCCCUGUCUCCUUUGGGGCCGUCACUUGGUCAUUCUCUGGGACACUCACUGGGGCAUGCAGGAUUGAUCCCUGCCCACCCAACAGCCUUCCUCUCUGGUCAGCCAAUACAUAUUAUCCCUGCUUCUGCACUUCAUCACACCCCCUUAGCUCUCCACCAUGUUCCACACACAGCCCUCUACCCCACACUUUUCACACCCCGACCCUCACAGGCUGCAGCAGCAGCAGCGCUUCAGCUCCACCCACUCUUACACCCAAUAUUCUCAGGACAGGACCUCCAGCACCCCCCUAACCACGGCUCUUGAAAACAAAUGAAAAUGAAGUAGUGUGUUCACAACAACCAACCACUAAAUGAAAGACUUAACCUGAACUCUCUUGGUUUAGGGUUUUAAAUAAAGUCUUUGUUACAUCA